GCGGGGCGCCUGUCAGGGAAGCGGUGCGCGCGCCGGCGCGGGCGCGUUGGGGCUCCGCCGCACAGUGCCAGCGCCAGCAGCAGACUCGCAGCCUGCGCUCUCCGGCCCUCCGCCUGCGUCGAGGCUCGCGAGCCCGCACUCCGCCCUGCCCGUGCGCUGUCUUGAGUAUGGAGCUACUGUGCUGCGAGGGCACCCGGCAUGCGCCCCGGGCCGGGCCAGACCCGCGGCUGCUGGGGGACCAGCGUGUCCUGCAGAGCUUGCUCCGCCUGGAGGAGCGCUAUGUGCCCAGCGCCUCCUACUUCCAGUGCGUGCAGAAGGAGAUCAAGCCGCACAUGCGGAAGAUGCUGGCGUACUGGAUGUUGGAGGUGUGUGAGGAGCAGCGCUGCGAAGAGGAAGUCUUCCCCCUGGCCAUGAACUACCUGGAUCGCUACCUGUCCUGCGUUCCUACCCGCAAGGCUCAGCUGCAGCUCCUAGGUUCGGUCUGCAUGCUGCUGGCCUCCAAGCUGCGCGAGACCAAGCCCUUGACCAUCGAGAAACUGUGCAUCUACACCGACCAUGCUGUCUCUCCCCGCCAGAUGCGGGACUGGGAGGUGCUGGUUCUGGGGAAGCUCAAGUGGGACCUGGCCGCUGUGAUCGCCCAUGACUUCCUGGCCCUGAUUCUGCACCGGCUCUCUCUGCCCCAGGAUCGGCAGGCAUUGGUCAAAAAGCAUGCCCAGACUUUUGUGGCCCUCUGUGCUACAGAUUACACCUUUGCCAUGUACCCACCGUCCAUGAUCGCCACGGGCAGCAUUGGGGCUGCAGUACAAGGCCUGGGUGCUUGCUCCACAUCCGGUGAUGAGCUCACAGAACUGCUGGCUGGGAUCACAGGCACAGAUGUGGACUGCCUGAGGGCCUGUCAGGAGCAGAUUGAAGCUGCACUCAGAGAGAGCCUCAGGGAUGCUGCCCAGACCAGCGGGAGCCCAGCACCAAAAGCCCCCAGAGGCUCCAGCAGCCAGGGACCUAGCCAGACCAGCACUCCCACAGAUGUCACUGCCAUCCACCUGUAGCCCCACGAGAGGCCCCCUCAAGUGGCUACGUGGGAGCAGAGGAGGGGACACAGCCACCCCCCUCCCUGCAGGAAUGAACCAAGCCACUUCUGAAACCUGAGGGGGCUCUUUUCUAUUGGCCCCUUGCAAUAACCAAGGGGCCAGGCCCUACCUAUCCCUGCAGUGUGCACUAAGGGGCCUGGCCUGCCACAUUUAGGUGGCUUGUCAGGUUCCUCCUUCCCCCUGCAUCUGACCAGCUAAGCUCCUUCCCUGAUUUUGUCUGGGCUAGGCUGGUUAGAUCAAACAAAACUAGAUAAAAUGUAUGCACCAGCAUUCCUUACUGAGGUCCCUUUAUCUCUGGGACUCAUGUUCUUAACUGCCAAAAUGCCCCAGUGCCUUCUAAGGGUGUUGCACCUUCUAGUUACUGCAUUUGGAUUGGGGUCCUUCUGAAGAAAUGUCAGAUGCUCUGAUAAGACACACACAGCUCCUCUUAACACACUUUGGAAGCCCUACGAUAAAUCCAUGCUCACAGCUGCUCCUUGAGGGAGGGGCCAGAACCAACCAAUUCCUCCUUGCUUUGCUUUCCGCUCGGCUUUUCCUGUGUGAUUGAGGGCGGCAGUGCUGAAGGAAGAGGUUGUUUUUAAUUUAUUAAUUGUUUUGAGUACAACUGUAAGAGGGCGUGGUGGGUUCCAUCUACCCAUGAGUGGUGGUAGCCCUGGUGGUUGCUGUCUCUCCCCCCCUCUGCUACUGGCUAGGUGAUCUUUGUGGCCGAGGAGCUGCUACAGCCUGGGGUGGGCCCAUGUCCUCCUCUCCCCUUGGCCCUCUGCCCCAUCCUGGGGGGAUGAAGCAGGGAUGCUUGGGAGGUGACUGACCCCAUUUGGAGAGGGAGGCAAGCCCUGUUAACACAGGUUUUUUUUUUUUUUCUAAGGCUACAAGGUCCAGGCUGGUGGCCCAGGACCAUCAUGCUACCUUAAUAAAGAUUCUGGAAUAAAAAUUGA